AUGAUUCGAUAUAACAUAAAUAAUAAUGAAAUGCCAAAAGAGGUAUUUAAUAAAAAUACUAAUAAAAACCAAUCACAAUUAUAUACUGUAUCUAAGCUUACUUUUAAUAAUUUAGAAAAAAAAAAAAACAAAAUUUAUGAAAAAGAUAACAAAAAUGCAAUUCUUGUUAGUAAAAUUAAAUUUAAUAAAAGAGAAUCAGUAUCAGGAGAAGAAAAAAAUGUAAAAUAUAUUAAAAAAAAUAAGGAAGUUACAACAUCAAAUCAAAUAAAUAGAACUGAUAAUUUUAUUAAUACUCCAGAAAAUGUGAAAACAAAAAAUGUUAGUAGAGAUAAAUCGUAUAAUAUAGAAAAAAAAGUAAAUGAGCAUACUCAAUUAUGUAGUGAAAAUGAUAAUAAUAAUAAUAAUAAUAACAUAAUACCUACUUCAAAUAUGAAUAAUUUAUUAAAUUUUAUUGAUUUAAAAAACAGUUCGUAUCUAAUUAAAAAUAAUAUUUUUGAUUUAAAAGAAGGUAAAAUUCCAAUUUGUGAAUUAGGCAAAAAAAUUUAUAAAAAAAGUGAACUUUUGUCUAAUUUAAAAAAAAUUGAUAAUUCAUCAAAAAUAAGUGGAAAACAAAAUAAAAAAAUAGUAUGUGAGUUAAAAAUGAAAACUAAUGAAGAUAAUUACAUGAAAGAAGAAAACAAAUAUAUAAGAAAUGAGAGUAGUUUUGAUAGUUGUAACAAUUAUAUAACAUAUCAAGGAAAUAAUAAUAAUAAUAAUAUAGAUACCAAUAAUAUUUGUAUAAGACAAGGUAAGUUUACAAAUAAUAUAAAUUAUGAUGAAAAAAAAAAGAAAAAUGAUGAAUAUUAUUUUAUUAAAAAAAGUGAUAUAUCAUCUAAUAUAUUAAAUGAAAAAAAUAUUAGAGUUAAAUUAAAAGAUAAAGUAACUACAAAAAAUAAUUCAAAUUACUUAUAUAUGAACGACAAUAAUAACAAGAAUUAUUCUUAUAAGAAUAUGAGCAAUAGGAAAAACUGCAAUAACAAAAUAAAUACAAGUUCUUUUGAGCAUAAAAAAUUAAAUGAAACUAAGGUAUUUUUUCCAGAUAAAAAUAAUCUAGAAAAAAAAAAAAAAAAAAAAUUAGAAUUGAAUAAAAAUGUUAAUAUAAAAAGUAAGUAUAUGACAAAGGUACCAAAGCAGAUAAAUUAUGAAGUAAAUAAAAUGGGUAAGAAAAAUUUGAUUAGAAAUUAUUCAAAAAAAAAAAGUGCAGUUAAUAAAAAAUUACAUGUAAAAAACAGUGAGAAUAUUAACAAAAAAAAGGGUAAUAUACAAAUUAAUUUGACUAAUAUCUUACAAACAUAUAAGAACAGUUUAGAAAGAAGAGAAAAAGGAAAAGAUAUAAAAGUUAAUAAUAUUGUAAAAGAUUGCAUUUAUAAAAAAAAAGAUAUUUUUAAUAAUUUUAUUAAUAAAAAAAUAAAAGAUAAUAAUGUUGAGGAUUAUACAUAUGUAAAAUAUAAUUUUAAUAAUGAUGAACUAAGUAAAAAAGAUAAAAUAAAAUGUAAAGAUACGCAUAUUUAUGCAUAUAGUGUAAAACAGAACGAUGAUGAAAAUAACUCAUUUCUGAAUUUUGAUAAAAAUGAAAAAAAAAGUUUUGUUGAUAAUGAAUGUGGAAUGAAUUUAUCUAAAAUUUGUUUUAAUUUUAAAGAUAAAAUAAUGAAUGAAAAAAGUUAUACCCCAAAUAUAGUUGAACAGAAAGAAAAAAUUGAAAAUAAUAAUAUUUUUCAUUAUAAUAACAGUAUUGAAAAUGUAAAUAAAAUUGAUAAAAACAUUAAUAAUAUUAGUUACAGUAAUAAUAAUUAUAUUAAGCAAGGCCAUGAUAUUAAUUUCGUUAACUAUGAUAAUAACACUGAAUUUAUAAAUGAAAAUGUUAAUAGCAGUAAUAUUUUAAGAAAAAAAAGAUCUAAAAGUGUAAAUUAUGUAAAAGAAAAUAAAAUUUUUAAUUCAUUAAUAGUUACUAAUGAGUUUCGAAUAAAAUUAUGUUAUAGUAAUAAUUAUGUAGAUUUCAAAAAAUUAAAUUAUAACAACAUUUAUGAAGAAAAUAAAGAUGCAAAUGCUUUUUUCCCAAUUAAACAUGAUAGUUUUUUAAGUUCUAGUGAUUUGUUUUUAAUAUCAAUUGAUUCAGAUAAAACAAAAUCAAAUAAUGUUCAACAAAAAAAAAAUUCACAUAUAAAUUUAAACGAUUUUAAUAAUAUAACUGAUAAUUUUAAGCAGGAAAUUUUUCAUAAUUCUUAUUUUGCAGAUAUUAAUACGAGUUAUUCAAAUUCUUUGAAUAUAAAUGAGAACAAGGAAAAAUUUAAUUUGUUACAUGGAAGUAUUAUCAAUGAAUGUAACUUUAAUGAAAAUACUGAAAAAGAAAGUUCAAUUUAUAAAGAUGGUACAGUUGUUGAUAAAAAAAAUAAUGAAGAAAAUACUAUAAUUUUAUCUAUAGCAAAUAAAACUAAAGCUGAAGAAAAUUAUGAUAAUGAAAAAUUACAUAUUGGAAAUUGUUUUGAUCUAGUGGAAAAUAAUUUUAAAAAUAAAAAAGAAAAAAAAAAGUAUUAUGAAGGAAAAGAAUUAUGUGUAUCUGAUAGAGUGUUAAACAAUUCAAGAAUAAUUAAUCUGAAUAUUUUUAGAGAAAUUAUAGAUGAAAGAUAUUUAGGAGAUACAACUCCAGAAAAAACAAAAUUCAAUGAUAAAUCCUUAUUAUUAAAAAAAAAAGAAUGUAAAAAUAAUUGUACCGAUAUCAUAGAAAAUGAUAAUUUGAGUGUCAAUUACAUUUUACAUGCUAAUGAAUGCUCAACAUCAGAAAUAUUAGAAUAUAACAAAAAAUCUUUAGAAAAUACUAAGCGAAAUAUCUUAAGUAACAAUAAAAAGAAAAAGAAAAAAAAAAAAUUGAAGUGUAAAGAUGGUAAAAAAAAAGAAAAAAGAAUAUCAAAUAAAAUGAAGGAAAAAACUAAAUGUGAUAAAAAAGAAUUUGUUAAAAACACUAAUAAUGAUAGUAUAUUAGAAAAAAAAAACGAUUUUUUAUUAUUAAAUACUGAAAAAAUAAAAAAUAUGUCUACAUUUAAUUUAAAAAAAGAAAUGAACAGUACUCUAAAAGCAAAGGGUUCCGAUAAUGUAGUAAGUAAAUCAUUUAACCUAUCAAAAAAAGAUAAUAACAAAAAAAAAAAAAAAAUAAAUACUGAUAAAUCGAAAAGUUGUAAGGUUAAAGGAAGAAAUAAUUUAACUAAUGAUUAUAAAAAAAAUAAUAAUGUAUUAUCUUUGAACUUAACUAAUUUGACUAAUAGAAAGAAAGAAAAAAGGAAAUUGGUAAAAAAGAUUAAAAUAAAUAAGGAUAAUAAUUAUAUAAAUAAUGAAAAAGUGAAGGAUGAUAUUAUCAUUAAAUUAACUGAUAAAUCUUCUGAUAUAAUUGAUAUAAAUUUAAAAGGGAAGAAAAAAAAAAAAAAAAAAAACUUAAUUACAGAAAAAAUGGAAAUAAAAGAAUUACACAAUUACUUAAAUUUAACAAAAAAUCGUGAAAGUAAUAAAAAAAUUAAUUUUAUUGUAAACAAAAAUAAUAAAGAAAUGAUCUUAAAUGAUUAUCUUAAAGAGGUAAAUGGAAAAAACAAAAACAUGAUUUUAAGUUCUAUGGGAAAUUAUAAGAAUAUAAAAAAAAAUAAAACUCAAAAAAUAAAUAAGAACAAAUUAAAAGAAAAUUAUUUGACAUUAAAAGAUAAAGGUUUAUUAAUGAAAUAUCAAAACAGUUCUCUUAUAGAAAAAGAAAAUAAAAUAACUAAAAAUAUGGCUAAAAAAAAUAUUUAUGAAGUUCAUAAUAAUAUAAAAUUUAAGGGUAAGAACCAAAUACAUCAAUUUUCUAUAUUAAAACUUUUAAUAAGUAAGAAAAAUAAAAAGGAUAUUAUAAAAAUAGAAAAAAAAAAAAAAAUUAUAAGUAGUUUUAAAACAGGCUUAUGCAAUACAAAGAAAUGGAGUAAACAUAAAGGAAAGAAUAGUAUUUUCUAUAAAAGAAAGUUAGAAAAGAAAAGUUUUGGUGAUCAUUUUAAUCAUAAAAACAAUUUAAAAAAAUAUAAUUCUAAGUUUACUUUUAAUAAUAAUAUAAUAAAAUUAAGUAAAUUUAAUUUAAAAGAUAAUUGUGAAAUUGUUUCAGUAAAAUCAGAAAUUUCCAACAGUAAAGAAAAAAAAUAUUCUCAAAAUAAUUUUAAAAAUAAUGAAAAAGCUACAAACGAAAAAAUUUUUUUUGAUAUGAAUUGUCUACAAAAUAUAAUGGAUAGAAUUAAUUUUAAAGAUAAUUCUGAUGAUUCUUGCUUUUGUAAAAAUUUAAAAUCAAAAGAAGAAAAACAAAUAAAUAUUUUAAAUAUUUGUUAUAAUAAUAAUUUAUCAAUAAACUAUAUAGAAAGGAAUAAAGAAAAAAUUAAUUAUAAGAAGUCUUUAGAAAAUAUAAAUGAAAACUCAAAUAUAAAUUAUAAAAAAAAGAAAUUGAAGAAUAAAAUAAAUAUUAAUAAAGUUAUUAAAAAAGUAAAUAGAAAAAAAAAAAAAAAAUCCCCCCAAAAAAAACCAAUUAGUGUGUAUGUGUAUAAUGAAAAAAAAAAGCAACUUCUUUUUAAUUCACCUAAAAUAUUUAACUCUUCAUUAAUAGAAAAUACCUUCAGUAAUAAUUCAUUAAAAAAAAAGUAUCAAUAUUUAUCCCUUGGAAAUAAAAGAAGUGAAUUUAGUUAUUAUUUAGACGAAAAUUUAAGAAAAAAAAAAAACGUUGUAGAAAAAGAACAAGGCCAUAAGAAAAAAAUAGAAGUAAAAAACGUUGAAUAUGAGAAAAAAUUAAAUAAAGAAAAAGACUUGGAGAACAUUUUAAAUAAAAACAAUUCUGAGGAAAUAGAUAAAAAAAGUAAUAGUUUUUCAAAAAAGAAUAUUUUAUAUAAUGAAAACAUAGAAAAUAAUUUUACCUUGGAGAAUAAUACUUUUUUAAAUUUUCAAAUGAAAGAUAAUUUGAGCACAAAAAUACAUAGUAAUAAAAUUAGUUUAAAACAUAUAGAGCAAACAUAUGGCAAUUCAUUACAUAAAAACACUGUAUAUGAAAAAUCCCCCCCAAAAAAAUUACAUAGUUACAUAAAUGAGAAUAAAGAAAAUGCUCUUAAAAAAAAGGAUUCAAAAGAAAAUAAUAUAGAAGAAACGAAAAAUAAAAAUAGGGGAAUGAUAACAUAUUUAAUGAAAUCAAAUAAUAAAUUUUUUGAAAAUACUGUAAAAUCAAAUUUAUGUAUAGGUGAAUACAACGAAGAUUUAGAAAAACUGUUUUUUUCUAAUUAUGAAGAUAAUUUUAGAUAUAAAUCAGAAAAUUUAAACAGUGUUAUAAAGCAGAAUAACUUAAAUAAAAUCAAAAUAUGUAAAAAUAAUUGCACACAUAAAAAAGAAAAGUGUCAUAAUUUAAUUAGUUCUAAUAAUGUUAAUAAUAAUAUUAAUGAAAAAUAUGAUAUAUAUAAUAACAGCGAUGCUAAUAAUAAUUAUAGUAAUAAAAAGAAUAACAGUAAUAAAAUUAAUAGUAAUUAUAAUAAUACAAAUAGUACUACUAUUGCUAAUAAUAGUAGUAAUAUAUUUAUAAACAAUGAACAUAUUGAUAAAGAUAUAAAAGAGAACAAGUUAAAAAUAUAUUCUAAAGAUUUAAAAUAUGAUUUAAAGAAUGAAACUAAUAAAAGUCUAAAAAAAUCUCCAAGUAUUGCAUUGAAUUUUGAAAGAUUUGUUAUUAAUCAUCGUAUAAAUGAAAUAAGUUUUAAAAAAAACAUAAAUAACGAUUUAACUGAGAAAAAAGAGAAAAAUAUUUAUAAAAAUGAGAUAAAAAGUUUUCCAUAUGACAAGAAAGAAAAAACACAAGAAGAAAGAAUAAGAAAAGGAGUAAAAACUAACCUAAAAAACAUGUUUCCUGUUGAAAAAGAGAAAUAUUUAUGUUAUAGCAAUAAUGUGAAUAUAAGAAAAAUUAAUCGUGAUUAUAUAAACUUUAAGAAAAGUAAUUUAACUAAUAACAAAAAUUUCGAAAUAAAAAAGUAUUCAUUUGGAGUUAAAAAAGUGAAAGAUAUAUAUAAUGAUAAAAUAUUUUGUUCUAAUUUCUUUUUUAGUAAUACACCAAAACAUAAUACAUUAAAUAUAAAUGAAACAAGUAUGAUAAAAACAUUGACAAUAAAGGACUUUUUAUCAAAUACAAUUAAAGAAAUAAAAAAAAAAAAAAGCAUUUUUAGAACAGUAUCUAUGAAUAAUAUUUAUAGAAAUAUUUUUCCUAAAAAUAACUUUUUUAAUCUAAAUAAAAAAGAUAAUAAUUUAAAUAAAAUAGAAAAUAAAAAAAAUAGUAAAAGAUCAACUAGUACUUUAAUAAUUAAUAAUUAUAAAUCUAUUCCAUAUAAAUUAAAUAAAGCAAAAAGUUUAAUUUACAUGCAAAGUAACAUUAAAAACAUAAAUGAAAAUGGAGAUAAUAAAAAUAUAAAUGAUAAAUUUACAAAAAAGAGAAAUUAUAUUAAUACUAAUAUUCUUAAGUUUCCUGAUGAUAAAAAUUUCAUGUAUUCAUUUAAUUUAAAUAACAAAAACAUUUAUAAAAAACAAUUAAAGGAAAAAAUUACUUUUAAAAAAAAUGAAUUCUGUACAAAUGAAAAAAUACAAAGAAAUAAAUCAGUGAAUGUAGGAAGUAAUUUUAAUAUUUUAAAAAAAAAUGUAGAAAAUAAUUAUAAUAAAACAGAUAAUUUAUAUAAUCAUCAUAAGACUCAUCUUUUUAAAAAGAUAAAAAGUUUAACAUUCUUUAAAACAAAUGAAAAAAUUCAUAGUAAUCUAAACAAAAAUAUAAAUGAAAUUAUUUUACAAAAAAGUUGCUUAAUUAAAAAUAAAAAUAGAAAUGAACACAAAAAAAUUAAAAAAUGUUUUUCAUUAUUAAAUGAAAAUUUAAAUAGGAAAUGUUCUAUAACAAGUAUCAAUUUAAUAAAAAGUGAAAAAGUAAAUAAAAAAAAUUUUUUAUCAAGUUCAUGUUUUCUUUUUGAAAGUACAUUAAAGAAUAAUAAGAAUAAUUCUGAAUACAAAAAUAAAAGCAAUGAAUCAAAAAAUAUUAAUAGAUAUAGAUCAUAUACAAAUAAUGUAUGCAGUUCAAAAAGCAUAAACAAUAAGAAAUAUAUAAAUAUUGAUUAUAUAUUUAAGAAAAAUAGGAGUUAUUUCUCAAAGGGUCAAACACCUUUAUCACAUUUAUAA